AUGGCCGUGGCCAUCGCCCCGGGCCUUGUAUCAUCAACGCCAACUCCAAGUUCCAGGGAAAUUCUUGCAGAAGAGGAAAACCACCUUAUACUGACUGACAACAUCCCUCCCCGCGCCGUAAGCAUCCAACCCGGCCAACUCAUAAUAGACACUUUCGCCCGCCUCCAGCAACCCAGCCAACCUGGCUUCAAUGAAACCACGACCAGUACCGCCGCCUCCGCCUGUGCUCUGAGCCCUAACUUCGACGCCUCUGCCUCCGAACCCACCGCGCCCCUCGCAUACAUCAACCCCGCCCUCCUCCACGAGGGUCAAGGAAACAGCAACAGCAGCAGCAGCAGCAGCAAAUUCAAAAGCAACAGCAGCGCUAGUGCCAGUGCCAGUGCCAGUGCCAGUGCCAACGGCACGAGCCUCUGCGGCGCCUCCAUCAUAGUUAUCAACCCGUUUUUGACCAAGGCGAUAGCCGCGACGGUUGGGGGCGGUUGUGGGAACUGUUCGCUGUAUGAUCUUGAACUGUCGGAGGUGGCAUGGCGGGAGUUGACGGGGACGGGGCCAGUUAGGGAGGGAGGAGGGGAGGAGGGGGAACCUGAGGGGUUGAAACCGGGCUCUGUGUGGAAAGCUAAAAGAGAGAAUAUUAGUGUUUCUAUUCAGUGGAUGAUUUCACCACUUUUAUCAGCCAACAGUGGUCCACAGGUGUCGCUCGAUAUCGGUCAGAAACAAAGUCUGAAUACGAGUCAGGCUUCAAAUACGUCUAACAAGGCGCGUGUUCCCGUCUCGCCUGGAAUGCGCCAAGUGCGAAUAUGGGAAUCAUGGCAGAAGGAGAGGGGGUAAGGGAGAUUGCUAGAAUUAUUUUUUUAGGGGGGAAUUGGAUCUGUUAUCUAUUGCACAAUUUGACAUCACCCAUGUUUAUUUCUAUCAUCAUCUUUCUGUAUUAUUAUUCUUUUUCUUCACCUUCCUUUUUAUCAUUAUAAGAUUUCCCCCUGGAAUUGAUAUAUAUAUUUGUUGCCUUUUUACCCCCUUGUCCCAACUAAUCAUGCUACAAAGGACAAAACAGGCCCAUGGCCCAUCUGCCAUACGGUAGUCGUCAGAAAAUUUCCAUCUUGCUCAAACAGCCUCGCCCAAAUCUAUGUGCAGCGCACACAGACGAAGCGCAGUGAGCGGCUUAACUCAACUCAUCUCGCCCGCUAGCCAGCCAGCAUAACAUGACACGCCGCCCUUGGGCGGAGAUAUUAGGCGGGAUAAAAGGGGAUGGAUGGCGGGUAUGUCAGAAGUGACAUGCUUUGUUUUUGUUCACCUUCAUCAUAAAUAUAUACAUAUAUAUAUGUACCUUGAUUUUGCGCCCCUUUGCUCCAAAGUCCAAGGCGCGUUUUCGUCUUCCCAAGUGUGUGUAUCAUUCAAUCAAUCAAGCCAAAGAAGUAGGAAAACAGGGAAAACAAGGCAAGAAGAGGAGGGAAUUAGAAAAAAAAAAAAAAAAAAAAAAGGCAGCAAAACAAGAGUCAUGGACGAGAACAAGGAAAAAUAAAAAAUAAAAAUAAAAA